AUGAUUGAAGAUGUUCUUAAUGCAGGUGACGGAGCAUCUUCUUCUGUCACUGAAGAAAGUGUUCCAUCAACCUCAGCUGCUCCUACCGCUACAGCGUCAUCAACCACCGCUGAAGUGAAGGAAGAACCAAAACCUGAGAAAACUGAAAAAGAAGAAGCAGAGGGAGAAAAUGAUCCUGAAGAUCCCACUGUUGGCCUUGAAGGAGCAGCGUUUCAGAGUCGUAUCCCGGCUGACAAGCUCACUACUUUAGAAGGGUCCCUCUUCUCUGACAUCGCUGCAGCCCCUCCCACUACCCACAAAGUUUUUCUUUAUAUCCGCAAUAAAACACUGCAGCUAUGGCUGGCGAACCCCUUGCAAGAGCUCACAUACGAGAACCUCUUAUCACAACUCGACCCACCCUUCAACUCGGACACGGUGCUGGUGGCAAGAAUACACGCCUACCUCAACAGACAUGGCUACAUCAACUUCGGCAUAUUCAACAGGACCAAACCAUUACCACCAAAAAAAUUUGGCACGGUCAUCGUCGUGGGUGCCGGCAUCGCUGGGCUGGCUGCAGCUCAGCAGCUCAACUCUUUUGGCUUCCAAGUGAUAGUACUGGAAGCAAGGGAGCGUGUGGGUGGACGCAUCGCAACAUUCCGCAAAGGUCCUUAUGUUGCCGACUUGGGAGCCAUGGUUGUGACUGGACUGGGCGGUAACCCCGUCAAUGUGCUCAGUAAGCAGAUCAACAUGGAGCUCCUGCGCAUCAGGCAAAAGUGUCCACUUUUUGAGGCCAAUGGAAGCUCGCAAGUGGCCAAGGAGAAGGACGAAAUGGUUGAGAGAGAAUUCAACAGAUUGUUGGAAGCCACUUCGUUCUUGUCCCAUCAGUUGGAUUUCAAUUACAUCAACAACAAGCCUAUCUCGUUAGGGGAAGCUCUGGAAUGGGUUAUCAAUCUUCAGGAGAAGCAUGUCAAGGAUCUGCAGGUGGAGUACUGGCAGACGAUGGCGCGGCUGCAGGAUAAACUGAAGGAGGUGCUGGUGAAGCUGCACACUCUGCAGGAGCGAGUCAAGGUUCUGCACAAGGAGCACCGCAACCUCACAGAGACGCGCAACCCUAAGAACAUCACAUCUGAGUUCGUCUACCGCGCCCAGAUGAGGAACUUGAACAAUGCUUGCAAGGAAUAUGACCAGUUGGUGGAGCAGCAAAUAGAACUAGAGAGCAAAUUACAAGAGCUCGACGCUAACCCUCCAAGCGAUGUUUAUUUGUCGUCCAGGGACCGCCAGAUCUUAGACUGGCAUUUUGCAAACCUUGAGUUUGCAAAUGCUACUCCUUUACACAAUCUUUCACUCAAGCACUGGGACCAAGACGACGAUUUUGAGUUCAGUGGCAGCCAUCUCACAGUGCGCAAUGGGUACUCGUGCGUGCCCGUGGCGCUCUGCGAGGGCCUUGACAUCCGACUGAGCACCGCCGUCCGAAUGGUAUUUACAAUUGGUAACAUUAACAUGGUAGUAAGCAGGACGAUCUCUUGGUAAGAGUGUCUGUCGUCUCUUUUAUACCCUGGUAUCUUUUAGAAUACAAAUUACGUUCGUUUUCCUCCAGCUGCUUGAUAUAUGGGCUUGGCUAAAACCAAUUCUAUCGUACAUUCCAUUUUAUUGAUAUAAUUCUUUACAAAUGUUAACCUGCAGGUUGUGCUGUGUUUUGAUCGAGUUUUCUGGGACCCAAAUGCUAAUCUCUUCGGACAUGUCGGUUCCACUACGGCCAGUCGAGGCGAGCUGUUCCUCUUCUGGAACCUGUACAGAGCGCCGGUGCUGCUGGCGCUUGUGGCCGGCGAAGCCGCGCAGGUCAUGGAGAACGUCGCUGAUGACGUCAUCGUGGGCAGAUGUUUGGCUGUUCUCAAGGGAAUAUUUGGCAACAACGUUGUGCAGCAGCCGAAAGAAACGGUAGUGACACGUUGGCGCGCAGACCCCUGGUCCCGGGGCUCGUAUUCGUUCGUGGCAACAGGCGCUUCUGGCAACGACUACGACAUGCUAGCCACGCCCAUCGCCCCGCCCGGCCCCCCAUCCAGCAACGGGAGCGGCGGCAAGAGCAGCAACGGCAGCGGCACCUCUGCUACCAGCGCCCCAGCGGCGCCUGCGGGCGGCGGGAGCGGUGCUGCGGCUGACGUCGUCACCGGCAACGGUGACCCUCCGCCCACUGAUCCCAACCGUCCGCCGAGAUUAGCGACGGUUCACGGCGCCUUCUUGUCCGGACUGCGCGAGGCUGGCCGCAUCGCUGACCAGUUCCUGGGCUGUCCUUAUGCAUCGCCUCCUGCUCAGUCUACAAAAGCAGACUAGUGUAGUGCUCAUCUCUCAUUACAUUUCAUUAUGUGUCGAAAGAGUAAUAUUUAUAAGCCUUUUUAAAUUGGGAACUAAUUACCGUUCUUCAGUAUAGUUUUCUGCUCAAGAUGAGAAAUUCAGUAAUAUCUAUCUCUGAUUGCAGUUCAUAAUGUGUCGAAAAUAAUGCCUUAUUUAUUAUUUCAAUUGGAAACCCACUACUAUUUAUUUGUGUCGGUUUGUGCCCAAGGAGAUGAAAUUCAGUAAUAUCUGUCUCUGAUUGCAGUGUUAAGGAACUAUAGUUUUAAGAAGUCAUUUCACUUAGCUUCUGCGCAUCAUUUCUCAAUUUUGUAAUUCUCAUUUUUCGAAUUAGAGAAUUUUUUGCAAUGGUGCUUAUUAAUAAUUACUAUUACUAACACUGUUUUUAUUUAACGAUAAUUUUGGAUGUCAUUCGAAAGAUGCUGCAAUUGGUUGUAAAUUGAAAUUGAUUUGU